AUGAAAAGAUUGGGAAUCCACAUUGUCUAUGCGCUGCUGAUCUCGGGAAUCGCAGCGGUAGCCACCACAGCCCACAAUGUUCCCCGAUAUUUGGAUAGCGGCGAGACCUUCACCACUCAAAGAGACGUUGAUGGCUGGGUGGAUCCCGAAGACCUAGUCCCGAUGCCGCAAUGCAUCGCGCAGCAAGAUCAAUCCGCCUGGCUGGGUACCAUGACUAAAUGCGCUCGUCAGCGAUGCACUUCGCAGUUUCCGUUUUUCUGCACACACCACCGCUGGCUGACGGAACUAAGCUGUCUCAGCGUCGAGUUCUCCCCCGACGCUGUCGAGAAUUACGUUCCGUACUGUAGCAGAUCUAUACUCGCCAAGGCACAGCUAUAUCACUGGAUACGGAAUGUAACAGGCCGAACCUGGCUCGUCAAUGUUGGCGACGCGACCGGGCUGCAGACCCUCUCGCCAGCAAAUCUGCCUCAGGGAUAUGCGAGCACUGGUGUGGUUAGCAAGGCACCAGCAUGUCUGUCUCGCUCGCGCGCUUCUCCAUCGCUCGAAUCGUUCGAGCAUGUACUGGCAUCUUGCACCUUCACAAGCACAGCGCUGCACACUGGGAACGCUGCUCAUCCUUGGGAGUACAGUACUUCGCGACAAUCUAUGAUAGCUCUAAGCUUCGAUACCGCCGGAUACGACCUUACUGGUAAACAUAUCCCGUUCAACGAAUACUUCGACAGGGAGUGUUUCUGCAGUGCCUUUAUUAUUGACCAGAGACGCGAACCAUGUUUAACGGCGGACCAGUUGGACUUGACCAAGGAGCGGCUAUGGCUAAAUGCCACGUGUGGCCCGGCGUCACUGCCCAAAAACUGGACGGCAUCUCUUAAGAUGAUGGGAUUCAAAUACAUUCCUUUCGCGGGCUGGCACUGGCCGCAACAUGUCACGGAUAUGCCAAAACAGGUCACGAUUUUGACCGAACGCUGCGCCACUGAGGCUUGUCGGCUUGACUCUGAUGGCUAUUGCGUAGCUGCACCUGCAGUAGACAGGGCUUGCUUCUGCAGUAACAUCGAUUACAAUUCUUGCCAGGCCUCAUGUCGCUUUUUCGAGUCGCGCAUAGGCUUUGUGAAAUGGCUCCACGAACUGUGUGGCCAUGUGGACGGCUGGCACGGUCUUCCGACUAAUUGGCGGGAGCUGACCACUCCUCUACCUGGCGAGAUGAUUCCAUGGCGAUGGUUUGUUAGGCCUAACUACAGUUCAGCCACCUCCACUGUCCUUGACCCGAGAUCUGUGGCAGUCGACCAAUGCUGGUCGAACGAAUGGAUACUAGCAAGCAUAGCUUUUGUCAAUUUCGCAACAAUGCUUGCUCCAUUCUUCGGCAAAAGACGAGGCUAUCGUAGUCUCACGAUUAACCCUCCAUUGCUUCACCCGUUACUUUGUAUGCUGGGAGCUACCCUCUUGGCCAGCCUUCAUCUGGUUGCGAACUGGUUCAACGCACAUAUUAUUCAGAGCACCCCUGGCUACGAGACUGUCCCCGUGUUCCAACUGACACUCCUCUGGUGCUCACUGCCUCGGCUGAGCUGGCUCACGAUUGCACCGGCUGGAGUUCAUCGCCUCCGAGCGACGGAAUUUUUCUCAUCAGCAGUCUCACUGUUUGCAGAAAUGAUCCUUCAGUGUUUUGCGCUCUAUCACAUGUCCUUGACCAUCAAUUAUGGUCGACAGCACAACUUCUACUUUGGUGGCCUAGCGAAUACGAAAAGCGGACGGGCUGCCAUGCUCAUCGAUGCGGGCAAUACGCAAGCCAAAUGGGCCGGGAAGCAACUGCACACCAAGGAGCGCUAUGAGACGCGCCAAGGGCGUCUUUGCAACUCUCCUUCCUAA